AGCUAUCUUGGCUCCAGCUGCCACGCUGGCAUGAGGCUGAGAGGGCUGAGGGCAGCCCAUCUCAGGCCUUCUUCUCAGUGCCAGAUUCCGGCAGCUUAGCUCGUCCGGCACCUGCCGCCAAUAUUUGAUCCUCUUGGCGAAGGCGGCGCGGGCGAUGCAGUCCCGUUGCGAUGUCGUGGAGGCUGCUGGCUUGGGCUUUGCAUUUUUCAUCCUGGGCUACGCGUUUAGAUCUGCAGUAGCUCGGAUCUCGAGCCACAAUUUCUUUGACGUCAUCGCUCUCCUGGACACGGACCUCAACGGCAAGAUCGACAAGGGGGAGCUUGACUACGUCGCGAAGCUGGUCAUUAAUGACAGGGAGCUUUCGCUGCCCUCGCUGAUGAGGAGGAUAAAUCACCAGGAGCAGUGCCUCCACUGCUGGGAGGCGCUGGCCUGUGCGCUGCUGCUCCUGCCGCUCGUCCUGCCCGCCUUGCUGUACCAGCCUGGCUCGGCGCCGCUCCCGCGCGCCUGCUGCAGUGCGGCCUGCUGUGCCUCCUCCCGGCGCUCUUCUGCGCGGAGCGCGCGGUGCAGCACCAGAUCGCGGGGAGGCUCAAGAAGCAGAAGAAGCGCUGCAGGGACUCUCAGGCGAGGAGGGCGCCGUACCCCCGCGGCGGCCCGGCCCCGACGGACGACCUCGACAGCCCCGCGGUCGUCUCGCGGGAGACGCUGCGCGAGGUGGCGGCCGACGGCAGGGUGCUUCGCGAGGUUGUCACCGAGACCGUGCGCAGCCCCGGCAGCGAGGCCGCCGCCAUCGGGGGCACCCCGCGCAGGGAGGCCGAAGGCGCGCUGCGUCGCGAGGGCUACGCGGGGGCCAGGCCGUUCUCUGGCGGAGAGGCCCGCAGUGCCCGACGAGGCCUCUACUGAUGGGGCGCGGCAGGCUACGCGCCGCACCGCGCAGGCCGGUGCCCUCUCUGCCCCCGGCGCGGGCCUCGAACGGCCCUGCCGCCAGGCCGAGCGCCAGAGGAGGGCGAGUUGAGACGGCGGUGGUUGGCCUUCGAGGGGUUCUCAUUAAGCCUUGAUCCUCCAUGGAU